AUGAGAACUAGGUGGAGCCUGUGGAAACAAUUGAAAGGCAAGGAGACCGGAUUAGGUUGGGAUCAUAUAAAAGGAACGAUUGAUGCUAUAGAUGAAUGGUGGGCUUUGAAAAUUAAGGAAAACUCCAAGUAUGAAGUGUUUCGAGAAGAAGGGAUUGAGACAGAGCUUGAGUGCAAAAUGGAUCAAAUUUUUGCUAUUUCUGCACAAGGAAAACUUAAAUUUACUCUAGUCUCAAGUUCACAGCAAAACCAUGUGAUGCAAGAAGUUGAUGAGGUGUAUAUUCCUUCUCCAUUACAUGAAAGCGGCAAUGAUAAUAAUGGUGGUGACAAUUGUUGUGCGGUAGAUGAACCAUGGGAUGAGGUAUGGAGAGAGAUUAGCCCGCCACGUACAUCUACCCCUAUCCUUUCUCCUUGUGACACACAAAUUGAAGCAAAUGAUGGGAGAAAAGGUAAGAGGUCCUUUGUUGGGGACUUCUCACAAAGUAGUAAGGCUGCAAGAACCAACUCAGGUAAGAGAGCAGGGGCUGCAACAAUUCAAGAAAUGUUUGGAGGAAUGAUGCAAACAAUUUCAGAAAGAAACCAUUCAACGGAGGAAAUUACUACUUCAAUGAAGAAUAUGAUGAGUUUGCACAUGGAUAUAGCGAAGUCAAUGAAGGAAAAGUCUAACUAUGACCUUGGAGAUGCUAUGGCUAAAUUGUGCACUCUUUCAGAUUUGACUAGGGGCAUGGAAAGUAAUGACGUGAAAAUUAGGCAACUUCUUCUAUAUGAACAACAAUAUCUUCAAUGCCUACAGUACUUGAAAGAAGAAGAUGAAUUUUGGGAUAUGAUGACUUGUGCUACGUGUUAUGCAUAUUGGUAUUUUUUGAAUCAUAUAUAUAAAGAACCGUGCAUGACAUCAUUUUUAACAGGAGAAAGGUGGAUAAAUGAAUUAUUGAGCGGCCAUGAAAAACGAUGUUUUAAUGCCCUUAGAAUGACCCAGAACACAUUUCACCAAUUAUGUUUAGAUUUAGAGAAUAGAUACGGUUUAAGGGCAUCAAGUAGGAUGUCAGUAUUAGAGAAAGUGGGGUUAUUUGUAUAUGUACUUAGUAAGGGUGCUUCUAAUAGAGAUACUCAGGAGUGCUUUCAACAUUCUGGCGAAACCGUGAGUAGAAUUUUCAAACAAGUUUUAGAUUCUAUGGAUAGCUUUUCAAGAGAUAUACUUGUACCGAAAGAUCCCGAGUUCAAGGAUAUUCCAACACAUAUUUCCAAUGAUGAGAGAUAUAUGCCAUAUUUUAAGGAUUGUAUUGGAGCUAUUGAUGGUACUCAUAUUGCGAUAACCGUACCUGAAGAGGAUCAAAUUCGUUACAGGGGAAGAAAAGGGAUCUCGACUACAAAUGUUCUAGCAGUGUGUGAUUUUGAUUUGUUGUUCACAUACGUUUUAACUGGAUGGGAGGGAUCAACACAUGAUUCUCGUAUUUUCCUUGAUACGAUCAAUGAUCCAAAUCUCAAUUUUCCAAAACCUCCAUUAGGUAAAUAUUACUUGGUAGACAAAGGAUACCCAGAAAGAGAAGGUUAUUUAACGCCUUACACCAAGACAAGAUAUCAUCAGUCUGAGUUUCGUAGUUCAAACCCGAGGGGAUCUCAAGAAGUCUUUAAUCGGGCUCAUUCAUCUUUAAGAAGUUGUAUUGAAAGGGCUUUUGGUGUUCUUAAGGCUCGAUGGAAGAUACUGCAUAAAAUGUUGAGUUAUUCGUUAAUGGAUCAAAAUAGAAUCAUUUGUUCAUGUUUUGCACUUCAUAAUUAUAUCAGAAGAAGCACAAUUGGUGAUCCGGGCUUUAGAGUUAUUGAUGCGAAUCCUGAAUUCAUACCUCCUGAUGUGUUCCACGAUGUUGAAAAUAAUUCUGCACAAGGUGAUGGGGAAAUGAGAACUCGGGAGAUGGCAAACCUCCUCUCACGACCACCACAACUCCACCCUCAGCCGUGUUUUUUCGGCGAGCCCAUCCCACGUCCGAGCUGGCAGCUGCACCUUCGUCCUCAGCUCUAUUUCCAGCACCAAGCUCACGCACCACCGCCGUACCCAGCUCUUAGUCGCGUUUUCGGUGACUCAAGCUCAAGAUCCGGCCACCUCUGUCCGCGGCCCACAUCUCCUUCACGACCCCAGCCCGGUUCACGUCCGUACUACGCGCGAGCCAGCACCUCCACGUGCGCGACCGAGCUCAGGUCUGAACCACCUUGCACAAUGCCCGACCAGAUCCAUCCAGCAGCAGUUUCGGCCCAUUUUCAGCAAGCUUGA